AUUGUUUUGAUAACAAGUAAAAUACACAAAUCAUACUGUCGUGCGGUAUCGUGCGUUUUUUUCAUGUACUCUGAGUACUGGUGAAUUUGAUUUUAUUACUCUUUAAAAAAUAACAAACCUUUCCUUUCUUGUUGGGCAUUUGUAUUAUACUUAUAUAUUUUUCAAUAAUCACUGUUUGUAAUAUGGAUAAGUGGACUCCAGAUUUUUGGAUUGCAAAUGAAAAUGAAUGUAAGAAGACACUAAUGGAACCAGGAAGUUGGGAGAAGGUGCCUAUAUUAUUUGAAAAUGAAGCAGCUCUUGGAACGUUGGUACGAUUUAAAGGAAUGAUACAAGAUAUGCUAAAUCCUGAGUAUUAUAGUAAGACUUUUUCAAUUAUUAAUUCUGCAACUAAUGAAACCAAACUUUGCCAAGGAAAAUAUCAUAGUACUGUUAUAAACCAAUCUGAAGAAGAAGUUGAAUUAGGAGAUGAUUUGAUGGAGAGACAAAUUAUUGUUUGUAUUCCAAUCCCUGGAUUAAACGAAUGGGCCAAAGAUGCAAAUAAUGAAAAGAAAGAACAAUUAGAAGGUUGUGACAUUAAACGCAUUCGUCUUGAUCCAGUUUGCCAGAAGUACUCAAAAGAAGUAUUUGUUUUUACGUACCCAGAGGAUGUUGAAACUAGUGAAUUUAAGUUAAACAGUAUUAUUGAGGUUGUAGGAUUUCUCGAUCGACGUACAGUUCAAGGAGAUAAUGAAGAGUUAGAUGAACAAUCUCCAUUAGUUAAGGAAACAUAUUGUAUUCAUACUGUUCAAUUUAAAUUAAUUCCAAACUUAGUUACGGAUAAUGAUGAAAUGAAUAACUACAUCUGGAAUGAAGCUUCAAAUCUCCAUGCUGAACUAAAAUUGAUAUUAACUCAAGCAUUAUUAGGAGAUUCUCUAGCAGCAGAUUAUUUAUUAUUUUAUCUUACAUCUACCAUAUAUAACAGACAGAAUAAUCAGGUGCCUGGAAAAUUUUCAUUAAAUAUUCGUGGAAUUCCAGCUGGUAUUGGAAAAAACUAUACUAAAAAAUUAUACGCACUCAUUUCUUAUUUAGUAGUUAAAAGUGAAUAUUUACCAAUCACGAUUGACACUAUGAAUAAUAUGGAUAUGAUACCAAGAAAAUGUUAUACUUCCAAUAGACUUUUGAAUGGAAUUUUACAAUUAUCAAGUAGAACACAUUUGAUUUUAGAUGAAACAGAUUUGCAGCCAGGAAAUUUGGACAGUAAAGGAAUACUUAAUCUUCAGGCUCUUACUGAUAUAAUUUCUAACCAACAGAUUAAAUAUGAUUUUACCUAUUAUAAUAUAAAUUAUGAAACUCAAAUACCUGUUUUAACACUAUCUAUUGGAAAAUCUCUUUUACCUUGUGAUAUAGAUAUUGUAUUAAAUCCAGAUCCUUCUUGUAUUAACAAUAUUGAAGAAAUAAUAGAUUCAGCACAUAACUACCUAAAAUCUCAGGCACUACUUUUACAAAAAUUAAGAAAAUAUAUAGCAAUAAUUUCAACAUUUCCCUUUAAUUUUAAAGAAGAUACUUUAAAAAUUAUUGAAAAUGAUUAUGUACAAAUGCGUAAAGCUGAUCCUAAAAAUAUUUCUGCUGAAGAUUUGCAUCGUUUUAUGAUGGUUGCAAAAUUAAUUGCCUUGUGUUCGGGAAAUAAUGAACUGAAUAAAGAAAUUUGGGAAAGCUGUAAAUCGUUAGAAAACCAGCGUAAAUUAAGAUAUAAAUAAAUUUUAAUAAAUUUAAAAUAUGAAUAAUUUUCCUCUUUAAAUUUUAAAUUGCUUCAUCUACCUUUGAUAAAUCUGUUGAAGUAUUAAUUUUAAUAAAUUACUGAGAAGUUUAA